AUUGAUCGUAUCCGCCGUUUGUGGGCGUCGCGCCGCAGCGUGUCUGCAACAGGAACUGGAGCCGCUGUCAUUCAGCUGAGCGCACAAAGGUGAGCGCACAGUCAGCCAUAUUCCCACCGCCGGACUCAUUUCCUCGGAGGGAGGGGAAUCUUCUGCCGAAGCAGGACUGAAUCGAUUCACUGGCUCUGAUUGAGGCUCCGUGGAAAUACACAAUAUUCCUUGACAGAAGAGAUCUACAACAGGAUUCAAAAUGCCUAAACCUGUAAAUGUUCGCGUCACUACGAUGGACGCGGAGCUGGAGUUUGCCGUUCAGCCCAGCACAACUGGCAAGCAGCUAUUUGACCAGGUGGUGAAGACCAUCGGGUUACGUGAAAUAUGGUACUUCGGACUACAGUGUAUGGACAGCAAAGGGUACCUUACAUGGCUGAAACUUGAUAAAAAGGUCUCCUCUCAGGAUGUGAAGAAGGAGAACCCUCUCCAGUUUAAGUUCCGUGCCAAGUUCUUCCCAGAAGAUGUAACCGAUGAGUUGAUCCAGGAUAUCACUCAAAAGCUGUUCUUCAUGCAAGUAAAAGACGGCAUUCUGAGUGAUGAAAUCUACUGUCCACCAGAGACUGCGGUGCUUCUGGCCUCCUAUUCAGUGCAGGCCAAAUUUGGUGAUUUCAGCAAGGAAGUGCACAGACCUGGAUACCUGACCUCAGAUCGGCUCCUGCCUCAACGGGUUCUAGACCAGCACAAGUUGUCACGGGACCAGUGGGAGGAGAGGAUUCAGGUGUGGCAUGAGGAACAUCGUGGAAUGCUCAAAGAGGAUGCAAUGCUUGAGUACCUGAAAAUUGCUCAGGAUCUGGAAAUGUAUGGGGUGAACUAUUUUGACAUCAAGAACAAGAAGGGAACACCGCUGUGGCUGGGUGUGGAUGCCCUGGGCCUAAAUAUCUAUGAGAAAGAAGACAAACUCACUCCGAAAAUUGGAUUCCCCUGGAGUGAAAUAAGAAACAUUUCCUUCAAUGAUAAGAAGUUUGUCAUCAAGCCUAUCGAUAAAAAAGCUCCAGAUUUUGUGUUCUACUCCCCGCGGUUGCGCAUUAAUAAACGUAUCCUACAGCUGUGUAUGGGGAACCAUGAGCUUUACAUGCGCCGCAGGAAGCCGGACACCAUCGAGGUGCAGCAGAUGAAAGCACAGGCUCGAGAGGAGAAACAACACAAACAGAUGGAGAGAGCUCAGCUGGAGGGUGAGAAGAAGAGACGAGAGGCCAUAGAGAGAGAGAAAGAGCAGAUGGAGAAGGAGAAACAGGAUCUGGUGAUGCGACUGUACCAGUUUGAGGAGAAGACCAAAAAAGCAGAAAAAGACCUGCAGGAGCAGAUGCAGAGGGCCAUGCAGCUGGAUCGUGAACGGAGGCUGGCAGAGGAGGAGGCCGCAAGAUUGGAGGCAGAGAGGCAAGCAGCACUGUUCGCAAAGGAGGAACUGGCCCGUCAAGCCCAGGAUCAGCUGAAGAGUCAGGAACAACUGGCUGCUGAGCUGGCAGAACAUACUGCUCGUAUUGCACUCCUUGAGGAAGCCAAAAAACGCAAAGAGGAGGAAGCUAUGACAUGGCAGAGCAGAGCACAAGAGGCCCAACAUGACCUGGUGAAGACCCGCGAGGAGCUUCACACGGUGAUGACGACGCCGCCUCCCCCUCCACCACCACCUGCAUAUGAACCUGAUGAGAAUGAGUUUGAAGAUGGGGAGAGCAACAGUAGCUACAGUGCAGACCUGCCGACAGGUGGUAUCAAUGACCACCGCUAUGAAGAACAGCGAAUCACUGAGGCCGAGAAGAAUGAACGAGUUCAGAAACAGCUGUUGGCUCUGACAUCAGAGUUGUCCCAAGCUCGUGACGACACCAAGAAGACUCCGAACGACCUGUUGCACACAGAGAAUAUGCGCGCCGGCCGAGACAAAUACAAAACUCUCCGGCAGAUCCGCCAAGGCAACACUAAACAGAGGAUUGAUGAGUUUGAGGCCUUAUAAAAUAUCUGGACCAGGAAACUUUGGGAGGGAGGGAGGAAAUGAGUCUCAAAGCCCUUGUCCAUUUUCUUUCGUUCCCUAUGUAUGAGUGGUCAAUGCAAGAGGCACAACCUGCGCACAUGUACCGUACACGCACACAGUAAUACAACAGAUUUGAUUCGUUUAAUAUGAACACUGGGUCAACAUGCACUAAAAAUGCACACUUUUUUUGUCAUUACGGUUAAUAUACAUAAACACAGAUAUGUUUACCCCUUAGUGGUGUACAUCGAAUUUAACGGUAAUAUUUUACAGUAAGGUUCUAUACUGUAGCAUUAGUUAAUGUAUGAGGAGUCAUGAACAUUUUUAACAUCAUUUAUUAAUGUUUGGUCAUUUGUUCAUUCUUGGUUUGUAAUGCUAAUUAGUGACGACUCUUAAUGUUUAUUUAUAUAGUAUAUAUAGCAAUUAACAUUAUCCAAGAUUAAUAAAUUGUUCAGUUAAUUGUGUUAACGUAUACAGCCUUAUUGUAAAAUAUUACCAAUUUCACAAAUGCACACCAGUUUCACAGAAUGUACUGAAGUCUGCUUUUGCCAUUAAAAUAUGAAACUAAAUAACAUUUAAACACACGUGCCAACAAUGCAUCCCCCUUUUGUUAAAUAUGUGUUUGCAAUUCAAUAAUCUGGCCAAAAUAUAGUUUUAAUUCGUUUUGGGUUGUAAUAAGUGGUUGUACUUUUUUUCGCCCCUUUUUCUUGUUAAUGAUCCACUCGGCACAAGACUUGGCAGUAUAAUCGUAAUUUUAUGUAUAGUCUUAUAUUAAAACUCUUUCAUUAAUGUUGAAUA